CAUAUGUUUUUAAACAAACAAUAAUGACAAUCUCGAGUUGUUAUGCCUUCAGAAAUACUCAUGGUGUCAGUGUGUACCAACAAACGAGAAGUCAGGUUUAUUCUCCACCCUUCUGUGUCGACGAUUUCACAGCGUGAUUCUGCUAUUGUACUGCAGUUUUCAAAACGCUUCGUGAUCUGACCGCAAUAAUGAUUUGGGAUUGAAAAGGAAAUCGGUAAUUAGACGUAUGUUUAAUACAUUAGGACCUGUUGUGAUUUUGAGCUAAUAACAAUGGGAUACACCGCAUUUAUGUUGCACUGCGGCCUUGCUUUUGUUUUUCUUGCCAUCAUCCCCGUCAAUGGAGACGUGAGCUACUCUGUCCCGGAGGAAAUGAAACGUGGAUCUAUAAUUGGAAAUAUCGCAAAGGAUCUGGGACUUGAUUUGGGAAGACUGUCUGCUCGCAAGGCUCGUAUUGAUGCUGAGGAUAACAACGUACAAUACUGCGGGAUUAAUCUGAAUACCGGAGAGCUGAUUGUCCAGGACAGGAUUGACAGAGAAGGGCUUUGUGCGAAAAAGGCAUCAUGUGUUGUAAAACAGGAACUGGUGCUGGAAAAUCCUUUAGAACUUCACCGUAUUAACAUCCGCGUUCAGGAUGUCAACGACAAUUCACCACAGUUUAAAGCGGAAUCACUGAGAUUUGAAAUUCGAGAAUCUGCAGACAAAGGUGCACGUUUUCUUCUCGGAGAGGCACACGAUGGCGAUAUCGGAGAAAAUACAGUUCAAAGCUACUCACUCCAGCAGAACGAUCAUUUCAAAUUAAAUGUGAACACAAAGGCAGGAGGACGAAAAUACUGUGAACUCGUCUUAGACAAAGAAUUAGACAGAGAGGACAAAAAAGAGAUUGAGCUUUUGCUUACCGCAUUCGAUGGCGGCUCUCCUCAGAGAUCAGGUACUGUUGUUAUACACGUCACUGUACUGGAUGCUAAUGAUAAUGUACCAGUGUUUACUGAGACUGUUUAUAAAGCAAGUCUGCCUGAAAACUCUCCUUUAGAUACUUUAGUAAUCACAGUGAGUGCUACUGAUGCAGAUGAUGGUUUGAACAGCGAAAUUACUUAUGAAUUUGAUCAUGUUUCAGAUGAAAAUAGCGACGUGUUUUCUUUAGAUUCUGCAACAGGAGAGGUGAGAGUAGCUGGAGCUGUUGACUUUGAGAGAGUGUCAUCAUAUGAAAUGCAGAUCAGUGCCAAGGAUGGUCUGGGAUUAGUUUCAUAUGCCACGUUAAUGAUUGAAGUUACCGACAUAAACGACAACGCACCAGUUAUACAGUUGAAAUCACUGACCAAUCCCAUACCUGAGAACGUGUCACCUGGUACAGAGGUGGGCAUCAUUAACGUUCAGGACAGAGACUCUGAGACUAACGGACAAGUCCGCUGCUUUAUUCAGCAAAAUGUUCCUUUUAAAUUGGUUCCUUCUAUCAAAAACUAUUAUUCUCUGGUGAGCACAGGACAACUGGACCGUGAGGUGGUGUCUGAUUACAACAUUACAAUCAGUGCCACUGACGAGGGCUCUCCUCCUCUGUCCUCGUCUAAAAGUGUUCAGUUAUCUGUAGCUGACAUCAACGACAACCCACCUGUGUUUGAGGAACAGUCGUACAGCGCAUAUGUGAGUGAGAACAACAAACCUGGCUCCACUUUAUGUUCCGUCAGUGCUCGAGACCCCGACUGGAGACAGAACGGUACCGUGAUUUAUUCUCUGUUAUCUGGUGAGGUGAACGGUGCCCCGGUGUCCUCGUAUGUGUCUUUGAACGGAGACACGGGUGUGAUCCACGCUGUGAGGUCGUUUGAUUAUGAACAGUUUCGGAGUUUCAAAGUGCAGGUGAUGGCGAGAGACAACGGUUCUCCUCCUCUGAGCAGCAACGUGAUCGUGAGUGUGUUCAUCUCGGAUGUGAAUGACAAUUCUCCUCAGAUUCUGUAUCCCGCCCCGGCGGGCAACUCGUUCAUGACCGAGCUGGUCCCCAAAGCUGCUCACGGAGGCUCUCUGGUGUCCAAAGUGAUCGCGGUGGACGCGGACUCCGGUCAGAACGCCUGGCUGUCGUAUCAUAUAGUGAAAUCCACUGAUCCGGGACUUUUCAGUAUUGGUGUCCACAGCGGAGAGAUCAGGACACAGCGGGACAUUUCUGAAUCUGACAGCAUGAAACAGAAUGUGAUUGUGUCAGUGAAAGACAACGGACAUCCCUCUCUGUCAGCCACCUGCUCCAUGUAUUUGCUGAUUUCUGACAACUUAGCUGAGGUGCCAGAACUGAAAGAAAUGUCGAACUUUGAGAAUAAUUCCAAGCUGACCUCUUAUCUGAUUAUUGCACUGGUGUCUGUGUCCACCUUCUUCCUGACCUUCAUCAUCAUCAUCCUGGGUGUGAGGUUUUGUCGCAGGAGAAAGCCCAGACUGUUGUUUGAUGGAGCAGUUGCCAUCCCCAGCGCUUAUCUCCCUCCUAAUUACGCAGAUGUUGACGGCACAGGAACUUUACGCAGCACUUACAAUUAUGACGCCUACCUGACAACAGGUUCUCGGACCAGUGACUUCAAGUUUGUGACUUCUUACAAUGACAACACUCUGCCUGCAGACCAGACUCUGAGGAAGAGUCCAUCAGACUUUGCUGAUGCUUUUGGAGAACUUGACAGUUCUCCUGAGGUAGGGACAUAUUUUACAUCAUUAAUAAUAUCCAAUUUCGGAGUCUUAAGGCAUCACCCUAAACUAUGUUGUAGGCCACGUUAUUAAAGAGCAAAACAACAA